UGCCCAUGCUCGCGGGGACUGGAGGAGAUGAGCCUACUGCAGCUGAUAGAUGUGUUUUAGUGAUGUAAUGUUGCCUGUUUGGUGACAACGGAUGGCUGUUUGUGCCAGGCUCUGCGGAGUGGGUCAGUCGCGGAGGUGCAGGAGGCGACAGAGGCAAAACCAGCAGGAUCAGGGAAGCGAUUCCGAAAUGGACGAGGAAGAAGAGGAGCGGAUCGUCGGACACAGGCAAGCAGACGUCGGUAUCGGCUGCGGAGGCCUCGAGAGCGACGUCGCCACUGCAGGGCCCAGUGACGCUUGUGAAUAUGGCAGUGGUCUUGUCAACAGAAGAAGCUUGCUGGAAGCCAGCAGCACGGGACCUCCACAUCCGCAGUCAUUAGCGGAUUUACCACCGGAGCUUCUGGUGGAAAUACUGUCACUGCUCCCCGGAACAGUGCUGCCAAAUGUUGCCCUUGUCUGCAAGAAAUUCAGGCAAAUCGUAAACACUGAAACCAUCUGGAGACGGCGGUGCACUGAAGAGUUUGGUAUGAAGGAGGAUCUGCGAAAAAUGGAAGUGGGUGGCGUUUCGAGCCGGGACCUCUACGUUAAACGUGUCAACCCUCGUGUGAAGUCUGGGCGCUUUAUGAAGCUCCUCCCGGACUACGAGCACAUGGACUAUAGGGACAUUUACACGUGCUUGCUUCACCCAUACAGACAUAUCUUAGGCUUAUGGCAGCCUGACAUCGGACCUUAUGGUGGACUGCUCAACGUUGUGGUGGACGGGCUCUUCAUCAUUGGCUGGAUGUAUUUGCCACCUCAUGACCCCCGUGUGGAGGAUCCCAUGAGAAGACGACCGCUUUUUCGUAUCCACAUGUGGGAGAGCAACAAGGCCACAGUGGAGUGCAUGUACGGACACAAGGGCCCCCACAAAGGAGACAUACAGACUGUGAAAAAGGACGAAUUUUCAACAAAAUGUAACCAGACGGAUCAUCACCGUAUGCCAGGAGGAAGACAGGAGGAGUUCAGGACAUGGUUGGAGGAAGAAUGGGGUCGAACACUGGAAGAAAUUUUCCAUGAGCACAUGCAGGAGCUCAUCCUGAUGAAGUUUAUUUAUACAAGUCAAUAUGACAACUGCUUGACAUACCGGAGAAUCUACCUUCCUCCUGCAAUGCCCUCAGAUCUGCUGCAGCCAGGUCUCUUCAAAGGAACCUACGGCAGUCACGGCUUGGAGAUUGUCAUGCUGAGUUUCCAUGAAACAUCUGCAAGGGCCACAAAGCUUACUGGAGACCCUAAUGUUCCCGCAGGACAACUCACCCUGGAUAUUGACCUGAGCCGGCCCGUGGUCCUCCCUGACUUGGAGCGACAGCGCAACAUAGAGGAGCUGUCCCGGCUGGUACUGGGGGUACACGAGCAGGUACAGAGAGAGGCAGAACAGCAGGCGACUGCCACAGCCAGAGGAGCAGCAGAGGAAGCCUGUGGUGGUGCAAGCGAAGCAAAAGGGGCCGAGGCAGACAGUAGUGUAUGUUCAGAUGGCUGCCAACCUGGUCCCAGUAAUACAAGCAGUAAUCCUCCUGAUGCCCAGCCCUUUGUUCUGCCCAUGGGGGUCAUGGCUCGCAAUGAGGUGUACCCUCGCACAUGCAGGAAGUGCUUUUAUGGGACAGGCCUGAUUGCAGGGCAUGGCUUUACAAGUCCAGAGCGCACCCCGGGGCUCUUUGUGCUGUUCGAUGAGGACCGUUUUGGUUUCAUCUGGUUGGAGUUGAAGUCUUUCAGUCUGUACAGCCGCCUGACGGACCACCUAGCCCACGCUCAUGCACCAAACAUGGAGCGAUUUGAGGCCAUGCUGCGCAACAUGCAGUCCUGGACAUCCUGAUGCAGCUUGCUUUGAACCUCCUCCCACAACACAAUGCAUAGAAACAUCAUGAAACACGAAUCACCUCUGUCCUUCACUGACAGUGUUGCUAUCAUGAUAGCAUAUGACCUUAAGAGUCACUGUCCUAUCUGUAUCUUUUUCAGAAACAUCCAGUUUUACUGUCUAACGGAGCUAGUUAUGUCACCCUCACCUCGCACACCUGUGCUCUCGUUUCUGUACGAGCACUUUCAAAGGCCUCCUCAGUCACCCUUAUCGCCUCACCUCAGUAUGACCUUACUCCUCCAGCGCAGCAUGAUAACAGGUCACAUUAAAAUUGUAUUAUUUAUUUAUUUAUUCCCUGCAGGAGAGAAGGAAUGAUCUUUCAUACCACUUAUAAAGGAGCAAACUGUACGUGCCUCUGAUUCUAAAACCAUGUCUGUACUUGGUAGUGCUUGAAGAAGAUAAAGGUGUCCAAUGUAUUCUACUAUAUAGUAUUACACAAAUUUUAGUGCCCAACAUAUUGAACUGCAUGCUGCAUUUUAUUUAGAUCUAAUCACAUUACAAUCAACAAAUAUCCUAACAUUGUGUUUUAUUGCUCUUCAUUUUCUUUCUUUGACUUUUUUCUUAAGAGAUCCGUAAUUUUUUUUUUAAAAAGGGCAGCAUCUCAGGUGUUUUACUUUUACACAUUUCAGUAUUUUUGUGUGUAACAAAAACUUAAGAUGUUGCGUCCAUUUUAUUAAUUUGUUGAGUAGAAAUUCUGUGUGAGAUUUACAAUGGGCAGUUUUUCUAACCAUUGGCAAGAGAGGAUUUGCUGUCUUAUCAACCUGAGUAGCUACAGCAGUCAGUUUUGGUUGAACUGAUACGUUUCUGCUCUUUGAACUUAGGCGAUAACUUUUACAGCUGUAUGCUUUGCAUCAAACAUCCUUUCAUAAUGUUAUGUAAGCUGGAAAGAUGUAUUGUAAUGCAAUAGAAUAACUUAACCUAUACAUACUGAUAAGCUGGAUUUAAUCAAAACUUGACAGUUUAUGUGCUUAUAUAUUUAUGGUCUGAAACAAUAGCUUCUCUUACCUUUGAAAUGUAUUGCAUUUGUUGUUUGUUUCAAUGGCUGACCUUAACGUUUGCCUGGCUUUACACUUGCAAAGCUUCUCCCUCCAGUUUCCUUAUUUAUUUUGAACCUGAGACUAGGCUAGCUGAAUAUUAUACCAACCAACGGCUAAAAGUGCAUCUCAAAGUACCAAGUAAGUGUCUGUAUGUGUCUUUAUGGCCUGAUGGUGAAGCCCAGUAGCUUUCCUACUCCAAGUGCACUUUUCUGGGCUGUACAGUGAAUCAGUAAGAUCCAUCAGCCUGCACUUUUAUAUCAGACUGCAGCUUUACUAACAUUUGCAAAAAAAUUAAAAUAAUAUGUGUCUGCUAAAACAUGUUCAAUUUAAUUUGACCACUUAAUACUUCCCACUUAAAAUUGGUACUUUUAUUUUACACAUCCUUUCUGUAAGCCCUCUGCUAUUUGAAUUAUUUGCUUUUAAAAACUGUUGCUUUGUACUAUUUUCAAUGCCAUACUCCUGAUUUUAUGAAAAACAAUCCAAGUUUGUUGUUUUGAACUGCUCACUCCAGACUUCAGGGAGCUUUUCAGCUUAAAUGCUCUUCUCAGUAAUAAAAGAAAAUAAAAACUA